CGCAUGCGCCUUGAUCUGCUCGUGGCUCCAUUUUGGUGGGGAAGCUGUAGCCCUAGCUCUGUUUUUUUUUUGUGCUGCUGUGAUUAAUAAGAAGCGCUAUGAGGAUUUCUCCUCGGUGUUCAGGGAGAAUAAGGGGUUUAUGAGGUGUGUAGAUGUGGGUUAUGGUCUGCGGAGCGACUCUGCGGCUGUAAGGCUGUGUUUGUGAGGAGUGGAGGGAGGAAACGCGGCGCUACCUUUAUUAACUUACCGGCUCCGAGCAAGGGGGCUGGAGUAGGCUGGCGUUAGCAAGGCUAAUCUAAGCGUUUUUAUUUUUAUAAGAAGCGAAGCCUCGGCUCCGGCGGGUCAUACGGUCUGUGUGAAAGCGAGGAGCCGUCCGUUUAGAAGCGCAAAUGGACGGUGAAGAUGAAGUGUUUUCAGGGAGUCACCCAGAUGACGGCAGUGGAACUCCUGUGCAGGACGAGAAUGCGCUGGGGUCAGACGCUGAGGAGGAAAUGAGAGGAGGGUCGCACCACUCUGAGGAUGAAGGCAGUGACAGGGAAGAUGCAGCUCCCCGUGGUGGAGACAGUGGAUCAGAACAUGAGGACGGUGGUGGAGAUGGAGGCAGCGAUUCCGAAGCAGAACAUCCUCGUCCUGCCGACAGCGAUGAUGAUGACAGCUCGCCAGUCAAACGCAGGGGGAGCACAUCAGAGACAGAGGAGCAGCAGAAAGCUCAGGACAGCAAUUCCGACGAGGAACCUCAGAAGAGGCCUCGGAGGAGAAUGCAGAGCUCAGACUCGGGCAGCGAAUCGGAAGGAGAGAAAACCAAACAGAGGAAAAGGAUAGAGUCUGACGAGGAGGAAGAGAAAAAGGACGAUGAAGAGGAUGGAGUAAGGAAAGCAGCGAUUAACUCAGACAGUGAGGAUGAGGAGGAGAGGAAGCCAAGAGAAGAAGAAGCAGGGAGUGAUCAGGAUGAUGAAGCUCCUCGAAGGACGAUAGCUGACAGUGAUGAUGAUGAAGAUGAGAAACCAGUAAAGAGGAAGAAGGCUAUUCUGUCUGACAGUGAUGAUGAGGAGGAAACAAAGGCUGUAAAGAAGAGCAGAGCAGUGUCUGAUGAUGACUCUGAUAGUGAUGCAGGCUCAGAAGCUCCAGAUAAAACAGUGGCAGCGAAGCUGAGGGAGCUGGGCUCUGACAGUGAGGAGGAAGAUGACAGGAUGAAGGCAGAUACAGGGAAAAAAGAUGAGAAAACAUUGUUCGGCAGUGACAGUGACUCUGACAACAAUGAGGAGGAAAAAAUGAUAGCAGACAUCUUUGGAGAGUCAGGAGAUGAAGAAGGGGAGGAGUUUACGGGCUUUAACCAGGAGGAGUUGGAAGUAGAGAAGCAGCAGGCUAAGGCUGGACAGAAACAAGUGGCAGACGACUCUGAUUCAGAUGAUGAUGUGGACAGAGGUGGAAAAGACACAUCAUUCAUGUCUGAUUUCGAUAUUAUGCUGGCCCGUAAGAAGGCACAGAGUGGUAAACGUAAGCGGCAUCGAGACGGUGGAACGUUCAUUAGUGACGCAGAUGAUGUGGUCAGCGCCAUGAUUACGAAGAUGACCGAAGCUGCAGAGGAGGAUCGAACACUGAACAGUCAGAAGAAGCCGGCGCUGAAAAAGCUGAUGCUUCUUCCUACAGUAGUGAUGCAUUUAAAGAAGCAGGAUCUUAAGGAGACGUUUAUUGACAGCGGUGUGAUGGCAGCGAUAAAGGAGUGGAUCAGUCCACUGCCUGAUAAAAGUCUUCCAGCCUUGAAAAUUAGAGAGGAGCUGCUGAAGAUUCUGCAAGAGUUACCCAGUGUGAGUCAGGAGACUCUGAAGAUGAGUGGAAUUGGGCGAGCUGUUAUGUUCCUCUACAAACAUCCCAAAGAGUCACGACCAAACAAGGACCUCGCUCUCAAGUUAAUCAAUGAGUGGUCGCGGCCCAUCUUUGGUUUGUCGUCUAAUUAUAAGGGCAUGACUAGAGAGGAGCGGCAGCAGAGAGAUUUGGAUCAACAGAUCGCCCCCCGCAGGAGGCUCAGCGAGCCUCAGCAGGUUGAGAGGGCGGAGGAACCCGACGUCUUUGGGCCUCUCAGUUCAGGUGGGCAGACUCCUCGAAGAGAUUUGGAGAAGGUGUUGACAGGAGAAGAGAAAGCGCUGAGGCCGGGUGACCCUGGUUUUUGCGCGCGGGCGCGAGUGCCCAUGCCUUCCAACAAGGACUACGUAGUGCGGCCCAAGUGGAACGUGGAGUCUGAAUCCAGCCGGGGUCCUGUAAGGAAGAAUUUAUCACGUGUAGACAAACAGAUGCGACGUUUCGCCGACAUCCGUCGCCUCACGAAGCCGGGCCAUGCGGUAAAGAUCAGUGUCGAGGGCAACCGCAUGCCCCUCUGAUCCCUGAGCCCACAACUUCACUGUUUUGUUCUGUUCAGUUUUUCUAUUAUGGCGUAAGUGCGAAUGUAUGAUAUUGCUGUAGGGGUAUAAAUCCAGCUUUUCAGGGAGCUACAGGACUGUAAUAUAGCUCACACAUCUUUAUCAGGCUACGUGUGUAAUGCUGCGGCUACAUGUCUGAAAGUGGCCGCGGUCGACCUUUGUCCUGGUGCGGGUGUAACUUUGAUAAUAAAGAGUUUCAAAUUCUUUGCUUUUA